CAGGAUGACAGGAACAGAUGUGUUUGGAAUUACUGUACCUCUUAUUACCAGCACUACUGGAGAUAAACUGGGAAAGACUGCUGGCAAUGCAGUUUGGCUAAACAGAGAUAAGACUUCUCCGUUUGAGCUGUAUCAGUUUUUUGUCAGACAACAAGAUAACGUAGUCGAAAAAUACCUGAAACUCUUCACCUUCCUUCCUCUUGAGGAGAUUGACCACAUCAUGGAAAUGCAUGCUAAAGAACCUGAAAAAUGGGGCCCUCAGAAACGACUUGCUGCAGAAGUAACCAAGCUUGUUCAUGGUAGAGAGGGGCUAGAAUCUGCUAAGAGGUGCACUAAGGCCCUUUAUUACAGCAGCGUGGAGGCAUUGGAAGCUAUGUCUGACCAAGAGUUGCAGGAACUUUUUAGACAAGCUCCUUCAGCUGAAUUGAUGCUUGAACCUGGAAUGAACGUUCUUGACUUGUGUCGCAAAGCAAAUGCCAUUCCAGAUGGACCUAGUGGGUACCAGAAAAUUACAGAUGGUGGAGUUUCAAUAAAUGGGAUUCGCGUAACUGAUCCUGAGACUGUUCUUAUUCUCGGACAGCAUAUUCUCAAGAAUGGAGUAUCAUUGCUUAGAAUUGGGAAGAAAAAUUACUACAUUAUAAAAUGGCUGCAGUUGUGACAACACAGUAUCUCCCUAAAACGACAGAUCAUUUCGACUCUGUUGCUUGAAGAUGUACUUGAAGAUGUUUCUAUUCUGUGUAUUACUAUGCAGCUCACAAACUGGCUAAUACCAUAGUUCCAUUUUCAAAAUACACCAACAGAGUUCAAAUAAAGGCAGCUACGUUAUA